UUUCGUCUAAAGUAUUUUUUCUUAUGUAAAAUACAUUUUUACAGUAGACUAGAAUUAUAAAGAAAUCAACCAUGCUGCAACCAACUUCAUUUCCUGACAAAGAACAAUGCCCAACGAAGCAGGAGAUGGCAGCUUAUAAGCUGUCUCAAAAGUCUCCUACUCAUGUUUUGCAAGAAAUAGAAGAAGCCAAGGAGCAACAGCGAGAAAAAAUGGUAACUGUGGAUGCUCCAAAACCGGCUGAAGCUGCAGCUGAUCUAAAGAUGAAACAAGAAGAAAUUAGGCGAACGCGUCCAGAACUUGCAGGAAUAGAUGAUUUCCAUUAUUUACCAAACUUGAAGCCAGGACCAGACGGCAAGGUUGACUGGUCGCCGCUCGGGGACAUGACUGGCACCAGACCGCCCGUUAAUAAAUAUUCCUUAAGUAGAUAUUCGCUUAGUGAGUGGAGAAAACACAACGACUCUGUUUUAAAUCCAGAUAUUAUAAAUGAAUCUAAUAUCGUACAAUAUAAUGCUAAAUCUUCUAUUAUGCAAGCAUUUGGAAAUAUCGAUAAAGAGCAAAACGAAAAUGAGAAACGAUUGAAACAAAAAGCAAAAGAUAUAUUUCGGUGGAAAGUAGAAGUAGAGCGAGCUUGUAGUUCUAUCACUCAAGAAGUCGAAUUGCUAGAAAUCGAUAGGCAACGUCUAAAAGGUGCUUCUAGAGUACUGAUGUUGCCUGAAUCAAUUUCCAAAGAAUGUUUGGAUUUACGUUCAAAUAGAUUAGAACCAGACUUGGUUGCUGAUUUAGCUGAACAAGAGUUAGUCAAAGAAAUGAAACUUGUAAAUGAAGUUAGAGCUACAAUUAAGCAAACUUUAGCUAAAAUAGAAGACCAAUUGGCAGUAAACAAAGCAGCAAAACAUAGAAUAGAGUAUGAUUGGUGUGAUAAAGCUAUGGCCUAUAAUACAGAAUCUAUUAAUUUAAGUCUCAAUACUAAGUCGUCUACAAUAUUGUUUAGACCGGGCUCUACAAGGUUUGGUGAAUUUAGUGCACCUCUAGAAUAUUGGGAAUAUUUCUGUAGAGAAAACGUACAAAAUUGCGAAGCAGCUCGUCAAAACUCUGCUGACUUAAGAGGCAGUUUAGACGCUAUACUAGUGAACAAUGGUCGAAAGUUGCGCAACCAAGCAGAUAGAACUGAUAUGGCAUUGGCAGAAACUGUAGCUAUUACUACAGAACUGUGCACAAAACUUGAAGAGAAUCUGAGAAGUACUCUCCAGAGAAUUGCUGAUAUGGAGGCUUUGAUAGAAGAUUUGCAAGCAUCUGUUAGGAAGAUGGACAAUGCGAUGAAGUUGGCCCAAACUAGACUGGACAAUAGAAAUAAUUGGAGACCUCAUGGUGAAAAUGUUAGAGAUCAGCCGCAUGUCGGUUUGAUAGACGAGGUGAAGAAGAUUCAUGAGACUGUGACGUCACUUCUCGGUCAGCUGAAAAACGCUGAGCGAUUGAGAGCAGGAUUGGUGAACAAAAGAAAUGAAUUAGAAAGAGCUAUAGCAUCGAAGAGGAAGACUCUGAACAUAGACCGAGACCGAUGUGGAGUAGUGCGCUCCCACUAUCCCUCAGCAUCGGAACUUGCUGGAUUUUGA